UCUCCCUAGACCCUCUAUACCACUACAAUCCGGCUGAUCCGGCCCCGUGCUUUCAGUCAUGAAGAAGGCAUUGCACAAGCUCGUGCCCGGCCACCACCGCCGGAGCACCAGCGCCAGCGGCAACCACAGCAACUCGGACAGCGGCACUCCCACAUCUGUCAGCAGAGCCAGCACAGAUAUCCCCGACAGAUCUCGCCAGUCGUUGGACUCGUCUGCUCGUCCCGGCUCAAAGGCUCGCUUUGCCUCACCACGCAACUCGACCUCUAUCGACACACGAAAAUCCCUCGAUGUCAGCCGCGCCUCAACUGACAUGAGCCACCGCCGCCAGUCCCGCUCUACCUCGCAUCACAGAGCUACACACAGCCCAUUGGGCGCUUUCAGACACAAGCUUCGCCGUGGCUCUUCUUCGUCUUCAUCCGACGAUGGACGUCCCCUUAAUGCCCUUGGCGAGCCCAUGUCCAAGGCACAGCUCCGCAAGCGUACAAAGCUGCAACAGAAGGAGGAGAGACACAGAAAGGCCGAAGAGCAUGCUGCAGCAGACCGCCAGCUGCAACAACAGACACAGGCACGUGCUGAGGCAGAAGAGACUGGUGACAUGAAGAGCAAGUACGGUAUCCUGCCCCUCAACUACUACGCCCCCCAGCAACCGCCAAACGAGAAGAGAGUCAACCUGCUCGAGCUGUCUGAGAGGGACGUCGGCUCGUGGGUUACUUUCCGCGCUCGUGUCCACAUGAUCCGCCAGAUGAGUUCUCGCCGCGUCUUCAUCCAGCUUCGCCAACAGACUGCCUCGAUCCAGGGUGUCUUGCACGAGCACGCUGGUGUCUCGCUAGGCAUGGUGUACUGGACCAAGCAUCUCAAGCUCGAGUCGGUCGUUCGCGUUCGUGCCGUGGUCCAGGAGCCCAAGGCCAAGCAAGGCAAAAUCACUGGCUGUUCCAUCGAGAACCUCGAAGUCUCCAUCCACGAGUUGCACGUCGAGGGUUCUAGAACCAUGCCUCUUCCCUUCAACGUCGCCGAAGCCGAGGUCACUCGUGAAGAAGCUGAGCUGACCAAGAACGCCCGUCACCACAUUUCCGACCGAACUCGUCUCGCCAACCGUAUCGUUGAUCUUCGUUCCAACACCUCCCAGAGCAUUUUCCGCGUUCAAUCCGGUGUCUCGUCCUUCUUCCGCGAGUACCUGCGUGGCCAAGGCUUUAUUGAGAUCCACACCCCCAAGCUACAAGGCGGUGCUACCGAAUCCGGUGCCAGUGUCUUCAAGGUCGAUUACUUCGGCAGACCUGCUUUCCUGGCUCAGUCACCUCAACUGGCCAAGCAGAUGUGUAUCUCGGCAGACUUUGGCAAGGUCUUCGAAAUCGGUGCUGUCUUCCGUGCCGAGAACAGUAACACACAUAGACAUAUGACCGAGUACACCGGUCUGGAUCUGGAGAUGGCCAUCGACGAGCACUAUCACGAAGUCCUCCGCACCCUUGACGGUCUCUUCAAAUUCAUGUUCAAGAAGGUCUACGAAAACUACCGUCACGAGAUUGACACGUUGAAGAAGCACUUCCCUCACGAGGAUCUUGUCUGGCUCGACAAGACGCCCAUCAUCCCCUUCUCCGAGGGCAUUCGUCUGCUGAACGACUCUGGCUGGAGAGACGAACACGGCAACCCUCUUCCCGAAGACGAGGAUCUGGGUACUCGUGACGAGAUCCAACUCGGCAAGGUCAUCAAGCAAGUAUACGGUACGGAUUACUACGUCCUCGACAAGUUCCCUGCUACCGCCAGACCCUUCUACGCCAUGCCCGACCCCGAAAACUCAAAGGUCACAAACUCGUUCGAUAUCUUCCUCCGUGGUCAAGAAAUUCUCUCUGGUGGUCAGCGUAUCCACGACGAGAGGAUGCUGAUCAAGCAGAUGGAGCGCCUGAAGAUGGACCCAAGCACUUUGGACGAGUACAUGCAAGGCUUCGCCUGGGGAGCUCCUCCUCAUGGUGGCGGUGGUAUUGGCUUGGAGCGUAUGCUGAUGUUGUUGCUGUCUCUCGGCGACAUUCGUCACGCUACUCUCUUCCCCCGCGACCCCAAGUCCUUCCCCACCAAGCCCGUCGUCAAGCAGCUCAGACAUCCCGAGGCCAGCACAUUGCACCCUCCAUGGGAGGGUCAAGAUCGCCACGCCGCAGGCAUGGAGCUUCCGCCCGUCGAGCAGCUCAUCGCCAACUACGGAGAUGCCUCCAACACCUCGUGGCUCGAGCCCCGUACCGAGAUCUGGAGAGACGACGUCACCGGUGCUGCCGUCGGGUUCGUGCCCCACCAAGGAUACGCCAUCACUGUCGGUGACCCGCUUUGUCACAAGAGCCAAUACGCCCGUACUAUCCAAGGAUACCUUCACUACAUCAAGAAAGAGCGUGGAAUCAAGCCAUUGUGGCUCCUUUGUGGCGGCGAUGUCGAAGAAGUCCUUUCUUCCCACAAGUUCGACUGGCGCACAUUCUCUGUCGCUGCUGAGCAACGUUUAGAUCCUGGCAACAACCCCGCUGUUCACGAUCACGACAUCCAGCGCAAGAUCCGCCACGCCAGUAAGGAGGGUGUCAAGGUACACGACUACCCUCUCGGCACACCGGUGCCUGCCGAGAUCAAGAAGAAGAUUGAUGGUCGCAUCAAGGAUUGGCUGGCCAACCGUAAGGGCAAGCAGGUUCAUCUCACAGAUAUUCACCCUUGGCAGGACGAGGCCCAUCGUCAGUACCACUACACCACCGACAAGGAUGGUCAAAUUUCUGGCUUCGUCAUCAUGGCUCAGCUGUCGCCCGAUCACGGAUGGCAAGUCAAGUUCUCGCUUGAUUUCCCUGGCGCACCCUCAGGUGCUAUCGAGUUGCUCGUUAUGCACGCGCUCUCGCAGGUCGCCGCUGGCGGUGCCCAAUCAGUUACCUUCGGUGGUGGUGCCAGCUCAAAGCUGACGCCUGGUCACAAUCUGAAGGGUACUCGUAUCAAGGUCCUUAGCAAGGCCUACCACGCUAUCGCAACCGAACUCAAGCUCACAGCCAAGUCUGAGUUCAGAGAGAAGCUUGGUGCCCAAGACGACCCCAUCUACGUGUGCUACCCACCACACGGUCUUGGACCCGGAGGUGUCAAGGCAAUCUUGACUUUCUUCGAGGACACCGAUGACGGCAACAAUUAGAGACAAGGGAGUUGAACAUACCCACUGCUCUUUCUUUGAACAUUUGUACGAUGGAUGGACAAUAUAUGGACAUGACACGGCAGCAACAGCAGCGAUACCACCUUUUCUUCUUGUUUUUCCUUUUACGUCUCGAACGCUCUAUGUGUUUUUGUUGUCACCGUUACGAAUUGAUAGAUGCAUCGUACACUAAUUAAUGCUUUUUAUGUAUCCUUUCAGGCUUCCUCAC